GGCCCACAAUCCAGCGCGCGAGCGGAAUUAACAUGGCGCGUGCGCUCGGCGUUUUGAGCAGGGCCGAAGAAAACAACAACAACAUCAGCGCAGGGAUACAUGGCGUUUAACGCGACGCCGAUCCGUCACUGCUCCGUGUGAUCGUUCUCAGCAUGUGCUGCUGAUCUACCACACGUUAGUGAAUCCAGAAACCUUCAACACAGAGCCCUUUGGGCUUUUCUUCAGUCUCAUCCGGAGAGAAGUUGAGUGGCAUGGAGGACCCCAAAAGCCCCGUGAAGGUGGUCAAACCUUCCCGCUCGAGCGGGGGCAAGGCGUUGUCCUCCAAACCCCAGUGGGAGAGCAACAAAAAAAGCCCGGGCCGAAGCAAGGACGCUGUCCCCAGGGUGAAAGAGGAGAUCCAGGGCGGUCCCAGUGCUGGCAGGACACGUACCAGCAGCCCCCAGGAGCUGGGGAAGGGCAAAGCCCGCCGGCUGACGGGCAGAACUAACUCUGGCGAGAGGGGGAAAGGGAAGCCCCAGCCCAGUGAGGGCCGUCAGCAAAGCCAGGAGAACAAAACUCCAGUCCGACACAGUGGACCGGUCAAGGAUGGAGGAGCAGCACCGCUGGAGAUCCCAACACCCGACAACACCAUCCUCACCACCACCGCUAAAGACAGCAUAACUGGUGUGGAGGCGGGCAGACAGAGAGGCGAGGUCACAGCCGAGGUCGUGGAGAUUGGAAACCUGACCUCUGACCAGCAGCUGGGACUCAAACAGGCGGAGGAGAGACUGCAGAGGGACUACAUCCACCGGCUGCUCAAGCCGUCGCCUGAGUACCCCAAUUUCCAGUAUCUAUGCAAACUGUGUUCAGUCCACGUGGAGAACAUCCAGGGUGCUCACAAGCACAUUAAAGAGAAACGUCACAAGAAGAACAUCAUGGAGAAGCAGGAGGAGAAUGAGCUGCGAGCACUGCCGGCUCCCUCUCCGGCCCAGUUGAGGGCGUUAGACUCGGUCGUGCUGGAGGUGGCAGAGACGCACGGCAUCUCGGAGGAAGACUUCGCGCUAAGGCAAGCCGUGGUGCUCCAGAUGGAGGGGAAUAUACGCAAACAACUCACAGCGUGUUCUCUCCGUCUGUAUGGCUCAUGUCUCACCCGCUUCGCCUUCAAAACGAGUGACGUCAACAUCGACGUCUCUUAUCCCUCUACUAUGACUCAGCCUGAUGUGCUGAUCCAGGUGCUGGAGAUCCUCAAGAACAGCGUGGAGUUCGCUGAGGUGGAGUCAGAUUUUCACGCCAAAGUCCCUGUUGUUUUCUGCAGAGAUGUGGCCAGUGGGUUAAUGUGCAAAGUGAGCGCAGGAAAUGAUGUCGCGUGCCUCACCACCAAUCACCUUGCAGCUCUGGCCAGACUGGAGCCGAGGCUCGUGCCUCUGGUUCUGGCCUUCCGUCACUGGGCCAAUCUGUGUCACAUCGACUGUCAGGCAGAGGGAGGAAUCCCGUCCUACUCGCUGUCUCUGAUGGUCAUAUUCUUCCUGCAACAGAGAGCCAAGCCCAUCCUGCCUGUUUAUCUAGGACACUGGAUCAAGGGCUUCGACGUGAAGCGUGUGGAUGAGUUUCACCUGACGGGGAUGGAGUCGGACUCGUUCGUGGGUUGGGAGCACAGACCCGCUCCUGCAGGCGAGGGCCGCGGGGACGGCAGAGCCAAACCCGAACCUAAAACCCAGACUGAGAAGAAAGAGAAGAAGGGUGAAUAUGCUAAGGGCAAGACUCGUCUGACGCUGAAGCAGCCGGUGAGCGCGUCUCUGGGUCAGCUAUGGCUCGAGCUCCUGCGCUUUUACACGCUGGAGUUUGCGCUGGAGGAGCACAUCAUCAGCAUCCGUCUGAAAGAGCUGCUGCCGCGGGAGCUCAAGAACUGGCCUCGCCGCAGACUCGCCGUCGAGGACCCGUUUGCGUUGAAGAGGAACGUGGCUCGCAGUCUGAACAGUCAGAUGGUGUUCGAGUACAUCCAGGAGCGUUUCCGCACGGCCUACAAGUAUUUCGCCUGUCCUCAGAGCAGGAACGGAGCGAACGCCAGCCGCGGCUUACUGAGGAAGAAACCCAGACGCUCUCGCACGGCCCGAUCCCGGAGCCUGGACCGAAAGAAGAGCGGCGAGGAGGACGCAGACAGCAGUGAUGAUGAGGACGAGAGGGAUAUGGAGGAAGAGGAGAGUCUGAGAGCGGGGUUCACUGAGCUCCUGCUGAGCGACGCUGGGAUGGACAGCAGAUCUGAGUCUGUUUCCCAGGAACCCUCUGCAGCGGAGUCUCCUUCUGCCCUGAACGGCCUGCUGAUGGACAGCGAGGAGGAUGAGGAGGAGGAUAAAGAUCAAGAGAUGGAGAAACAGCACAGUAUUGCUCCAGAAGACAUGCACUACAUCUUUGACAGGAUGAUCUUCACUGGAGGAAAGCCGCCAACAGUCGUGUGCAGCAUCUGCAAGCGAGACGGCCACCUUAAAGACGACUGUCCUGAAGACUUCAAGAAGGUUGAGCUGAAACCCCUGCCGCCCAUGACCGAGCACUUCAGAGAGAUCCUGGACGGACUCUGCAUGCUGUGCUACCGUGAGCUGUCACCGUCUCUUAUCGAGCAGCAGAAGAGGGAGCAGAUUCUGGGCAGUCUGGAGCGCUUCAUCAGAAAAGAGUAUAACGAUAAGGCCCAGCUCUGUCUGUUUGGUUCUUCUAAGAACGGCUUUGGCUUUCGUGACAGUGACCUGGACAUCUGUAUGACACUCGAGGGUCACGACACCGCUGAGAAGCUGAACUGUAAGGAGAUCAUUGAGGGUUUAGCCAAGGUGCUGAAGAAGCACACAGGUUUAAGGAAUAUUUUGCCUAUCACAACUGCUAAAGUGCCUAUAGUGAAGUUUGAACACAGGCAGAGCGGACUGGAGGGAGACAUCAGCCUCUACAACACACUGGCCCAACACAACACCCGGAUGCUGGCCACAUAUGCUGCUAUAGACCCUCGUGUGCAGUAUCUGGGCUACACUAUGAAAGUAUUUGCCAAGCGCUGUGACAUUGGCGACGCCUCCAGAGGAAGUCUCUCCUCCUAUGCUUACAUCCUCAUGGUGCUGUAUUUCCUACAACAGAGACAACCACCAGUCAUCCCUGUGUUACAAGAGAUAUUCGAUGGGAACACUGUUCCUCAGAGGAUGGUGGAUGGCUGGAACGCUUUCUUCUUCAAUGAUCUUAAUGAGCUGCGGCGUCUGCCAGAGCUACAUCAGAAGGAGACAGUUGGCGAGCUGUGGCUCGGCCUGCUGCGCUUCUACACAGAAGAGUUUGAUUUUAAAGAGUACGUCAUCUCCAUCCGCCAGCGCAAACGCCGCACCACCUUUGAGAAACAGGGGUCCAAAUGCAUUGCAAUCGAAGAUCCCUUUGACUUGAAUCACAAUCUUGGGGCUGGUGUUUCUCGCAAAAUGACUAACUUCAUCAUGAAGGCCUUCAUCAAUGGCAGGAAGCUGUUUGGCACCCCGUUUUACCCUCAUCCAGGAACAGAGGCCGAUUACUUCUUUGACUCGAAGGUGCUGACGGACGGAGAACUGGCUCCUAAUGACCGCUGCUGUCGGAUCUGCGGGAAGAUCGGCCACUAUAUGAAGGACUGCCCAAAGAGGCGCAGAAUGAAGAAAAAGGAGAACGAGCGUGAGGAGGAGGUCAGGGAGGAGGACAGGGAGCCCAGAGAAAGACGCUGCUUUCAGUGUGGUGAUAUGGGUCAUGUGAGGAGAGACUGUCCCGAUUACAAACACCUCCGUCAGAGAGCAGUGCCGGGACCAGUCCCUCACAUGGUCCGGGCCAUGGCGAGCUCUCAGUCCAUCCCCAUCCCUCAAGGUGCUUCAGUCCAGGAUCGGGUCGGACGGACCAGGCAGCCCUCUGAAUGUUCUGAUACGCGUCAGACUCCUCCGUACUCCCCUCAGCAGUCUCCCUACAGCCAGGCGUCCGUCUCUCCGCAGAACAGCAAGCCUUCCUCAGCAUCCUCUACCUCCAAACCCUCCCAUCCACAGCCGCAGGUUCCCCAGGUCCAGCUCCCCAUCUUCAGCUUCCCCCAUUCCCACCCGGGCCAGUAUCACACCGGGCUCUCGGCGCUGGGCCUCCUGCCUGCCCACCCCCAGCAGCCACCCCUCACCUCAGCCUCCUGGCCCAUCCACGGCCCUCUCAUCCAGGGCUCCGGGGUCUCCAAUGCCUCCAGCCACCCGUCCUCUCCGGGCCUGAAGUUCGCCGUGCGGAGUGGCGGAGGCGGGAAUGGAGGCGGGCCAGCAGUGAGCCCCGCCCACAUGAACCUGAACGACCCCAGCAUCAUCUUUGCUCAGCCGUCGACUGGACGGGUGGCUGGUGGAGUGGGUGGCGGACCCGCCAGAGAAAGGGGGCACCCCUGGCACAAUCACCAUCUCAAUCCGGGGCCACUGGUGGGGAACGGCACAGUAAACAAGACAGAUCCUAAUUUCCCGUCUCAGUUUGGCGGUGUGAGUCAGGGCUCUCGGUCCUGGGAUCACAGCAGUGCUGCUCCGUAUUCGCUGUCUCCAUCCUUCAUGCCCUACCGUCUGCCACCCUACCUCCAGCAGCCCAACAAACCCUUCAUCUCACAAGGUUCUGUGGUGGCAAAUCAACAUUACCCGCUGAUUCAACACAGUCGGCAUGGCAAUCUCAACUACAUUCAACAGAAGAAAUGAAGAAAGACACUUCACUUUGUAAACCAAUGCCCAAGGUCCUUAUAGAAAAAAAGACUAACUUUGCAUCAUUUGGAAAUUUUUUAAAUGAAUUUUAUCAUUUUUGUACAGUUUUUAUGUUUUAUUUUCCUUUUAUUUCUGUGUGUAUCAUCACAUUGAUUUGUGAUACAAAAUGUCAAAUAUUUUAAUACCCCUAUUUUUGGAGGGGUCCGAAAAAGUGUUUUUAUUUUAUGUGUAAAAUAAGGAUUUAAAAUGUAUUCACUUUAUUUUUAUUGGCUGUAUUCCUAUUUUGCUUGCAUAAGGACAAAGGCUUUAGAUAGGAAAAUCAAACAUAACAACCCAAUAAGACAAUUAUGUAGUGCCAAAAACUAUAGCAAACCAAGAAAACACACAAAAAAAGAGCAGAAAAAAUAAAGAAAAGACCAAAAAAAUAAAGAAAAAGCAAACCAA